CAGAUAAAUGAUUUUUGUCUUUAAAUGGAAGAUUCUGAAAAUACAUUCAUUCUUUGAAGGCACACGAAAGGAAUCAUCACCUCUCACGCCAUCGUUUGUUGCCAUUGCCGUCGUGUCCCUUAUAAAAUCUAUUAUAUUCUUCAAUAUUCUGUCGUUAAUAUACUAUACAGAUCCCCACUCCUCUGCUUUCAUCUUUCAAUAUCACUGCAAAUGACUUAGUUGCCCCUUUUCUUUAUCCUUUCUUUCUUUCCCCCUCUGCAUACGUUAGUUGCUGGUCUGGAACCGGUGAAACCAAAGCAAUUUCUCCGUGGGUAUCGAAGAAAAUUUUAUAUUGAAAUUUAGAUUUCAGAUAUUUUGCAGGGCUCCAUAUGGGUUUGUCUGAAUUCUAGUAUUGGGACUCCAAACUUCAUUUUUUUUUCUUUUUCAUUUUUAAGUUAAUGGGCGUAUUUUUAGUUGGGUUUCUGUGAGGGUUUUGAUUUCUUUUGUAGGUUUUAAACACGGGAAAGAUACUUUGACAGAUUAAUUUUUGGCCCAAAAAAAAUUGUUUUUUGCAUUCAGAUUAUGCUACUUACCUUCAACAUUUACUAAUUUACUUUUUUUAUAAAAAUUAAGUGAGUUUAUAGUUUGUGAGGAAAAAUGUCUGGUGGGACGCCAGUUAGUGGUGGAUAUAUGAGGCAAAGGCAUAGUCCGGGUUAUGCAUCGAGUGGUGAUGACCUUGAAGAUGAUGCGUGCUCCAGGCUCCAGCCUUUCUCGCCUCCAGCUAGUCGACCCAGGACUUGGCUUGAGGUUUUGGAGAAUGUCCUUUGGAUUGCUUCAUCUCUUUUCAUUAUUUACUAUGGUGAUCGCCAUUCCAAUUUCAUCUAUCUUUUAUGGCACGAUGACAGAAUUAGAAGAUUGCCCCUCUACCUUGGACUGUUGUGUUUUGGAUUGAAUAUUGCCUUCUUCUUUUAUUCAAGUAUGUUAGUAUGGAGCAUCAGGAGAUUUGAUGAGAAAUGGGAAUUGUUCAGUAUGUCUGCUUUGCCAUUUGUUACUCUGCUUGGCCUUGUCUCUUUUUGCCUGAUGUCUUUUGCUUUAUGGCCAAUUUGGAGUUUCUUGACCCUCCCGCUCUUGUUCACUUUGUUUAUGGCUUGCAUGGUUAUAUUCCCACAUUCCAUGAUUGGAACAUUCAGACCACAAAAUGAUAUGUUCCGGAUAGAUUAGAGUUCUGAGAUGAUACAAGAAAUGAUACUGACUUAGAUGAACAGACUUUAUCAUAAAUAUGGAUGGUUGAUGGUACUGGUUAUAUGCAUAUUAAAGUCACUGCCCCUGGUUAUGCAUACAGGCCAGUUGUUGCCAUAUCCUAUUACUGCUGAUGACAAUGAAGCUGAUUGUCGUUUAAUCAGUCAGUAUUUAUACAUCUUACCGUGAUGAUACACAUGUGAGUAGGUGUGACCUCAGAAUUUUAUCACAACAGGUCAAUUUUUUCUGAGUCUUUUCUUUGAUAGUGGGAGUUCUAGCAGGGCUCAUUUGAUAGUAGAAAUAUUGUGAUUUUUGGAUGACAUUCUUUGGUAUUUGCUCUACACUUAGUCAUACAAUGUUUUCUAUCUGGUAAAUUGGAAAUAGUUUGUCUUUGGAACA